GUUCCAAAUAGCCGGUGAAGGGAGUCCGUUAAGGUCGCUUGGUCUGUUCGCAUGCAGGAAGUUGCAGCAAAUAAGGGUCGACCUAGAUAGCAGCCAUGCGAUUACAUGGGUACAGGACAUUCUCUUCGACCUCCUUCGCCGCAAAUCGCUCGUUCCGCUAUGCGCCGAUUUAGCACGUAUAGUGCUCAACGUACAAUAAUCUUCAGAUUGUGGUGUCGCACAGAGCCUCGUUGGGAAGAUAGAGGCGAUGCGUUCAGACGUGGACGGUUGCUGAGCGUUGAGGAGCAGGAGCGGGUGCGCAGGCUCCUACCCGCGACAGAUGGAGCGGGAAUUUUGAGGUUCAUCUAAGUAGUGACCCUGGUUCAGUUACGUAUCGGCUUGUACACAUACAUAUGUCACAUAAUGUAGCUCGAAUCUCCGACGGGUCCGCUCCGAGAGCUCUCACAGCGCAGCAGCGAGCGUCUACGCCACACACUCUGCAAGUGGAUCCUUCAGUAAUGGCAGGAGUGGAGUCAGCGCACGGAAUAUGGGCCAAGCGGGCCAAG